CCCGGCCAGCCCACACGAGAUGACGGCGGUACCAUCCGGCGCUUCUCUUCCACUUUAGCAGCCGGAGGACCGGGAGCCAGGCGACGUUCUUCCCAAGAAGCUCACGGCUAGAGCCGGCUAUGUUGAGCCAGCAGCGGGACGGUUAGACUGAUUUCCACGCAGGCUUCUCUCUUCCGUGUGACCGAGGAUGUGCACCACCGCGGCGGCCGCCGGAUCGGCUUCUUGCCGCUUCGCCCACUACUUCGUCGUGUGUGGACUGGACCCGGAGACGGGCCUGGAGCCGGACGAUGGAACAGGAGAGAGCUUUGAGCAGAGCCCCAUUCACCGAUCGUUCAAGUCCAGGAUUCUGGUCCACUACCCUGAGAGCACCGACAGGAACCCCUUCAAUAAGGAUGCAGUCAACAUGCUCUGCAUGCCGAGGGGUCUUUCCUUCCGCACUCAGGCCGACCGCGUGGAGUCUCACUUCCACUCGUUCACCGUCAGCUUCGAGGACGGUUCGCGCUCCUACGGCUUUGUUCACACCUUCUACGAGGAGGUGACGGGCACGCAGAUCAUCACGGCCAUGCAGACCCUUCACCAGAUGCACCACGUGGAGCACCACUCCGCUUCUUCCUCGUCCGCCUCCUCGUCUGCCUCCUCGCCGUCCACCUCCAGCAUGGACUCGCUGGUAAGCAGCCUGGAUGAGUCUGACGCCGAUUCCCUGGCCGCCGGGAAUGCCGCCGCCGCCUGCCUGGGCUGCGCCGGCUCCUUCGACCCGUCUCACGACACGCUGUACGUGUCCAAAGCCCUCUGCCUGCUCACGCCGCUCCCCUUCCUCGGAGCUUCUCGCCACUUCCUUUCUCAGCUGCACCAGGCCGUCGCCUCGCAAACGGCGCCGCCUCUACCGCUGGAAAGCUACAUCCACAACAUCCUCUACGAGGUGCCGCUGCCUCCGCCCGGCCGCUCGCUGAGGUUUCACGGCGUGCAGGGGCCCAUCUUGUGCCAGCGGCCCGGCCCCGGUGAGCUUCCGCUGGGGGAGUAUCCUCUGGGAGAAGCCUUCUCCCUACUCGGCAUGGAAAACAUGGUCCAGCUGCUUACCUGCUCGCUCCUGGAGACGCAGAUCCUUCUCUACUCUCAAGACUACCAGCGCUUGAUGACGGUGGCAGAGGGCAUCACGACGUUGCUGUUCCCAUUCCAGUGGCAGCACAUCUACCUGCCCAUCAUCUCGGCACCUUUACACCACCUCCUGGAUGCUCCCGUGCCCUUCCUGAUGGGCAUCCAGCGCAGGGACGGCGCUCAGCGAGCCUCCCUUCACCUGCCGCACGAGGCCAACCUUUGCUUCGUGGACAUUGACAACCACUGCGUGGACUCUCCGGAGGGUCUCCCCUCCUUUCCGGACCAAGAAGAGCUGGUCCGGGAACUAAGCGACGUCCUGCAGCGUUUCGGGGUCCCCCUGCAGGGAGGCGCCCUCGCCAAGCCCGCCCCGGCCUCCCCCCAGCUGAGCAGCCUGGUCCUGGAGGACCUGAUGGAGGACAGAAGGAACGGGAACCUCGGCGGCGAAGAGCUGGAAGUGCUGGAGAGGCUGCAGGCUCUGGCUUGGAGGUGCGGAGGAGACAAGGUGUCGGGCCAAGGGAAGACGCUGGGCCGCGUGUGGGAGGAGGAGGAGGAGGCUCUGAGAGUUGCAAAGAUGAACAUUCAACUAAGGGAGGUGUUUGCCGGACGCUUCGCCGCCAUGUUCAGCCGCUACGAGGACUUUGUCAUCCACAGCGCGAUCGAUUUGGAUUCCUGGAUGAGCAACCGAGAGGGAACGUUCAGCUUUGACAAGGGUGCCUUCCUCUCAGCUCAGCCCGUGAGCCACUUGCACUUCCUGUCCCGCUUCCUGGAGACGUCCAUGUUUUCAUCUUUUGCCGACGGCAAGGCGAUCUCUCGCUGGGCCGACCGCGAGCCGCUGCAGCAGCUCUUCGACAGCCGCCUGGAGAGGGAGCGACUCUACGACACGGGCCGGGCCGACUCUCCCGGGAGUCGCUACAGGAAAUGCUCCACACUCUUCGAAUCAGCUCAGGCCAUCGAGCGCCGGCUGCUGAAGGCCGACCACACCGCCAUUCACCCGCACCUCCUGGACAUGAGGAUCGGCCAGGGUCGCCACCAGCCGGGCUACUUUCCCAAGCUGCAGGCCGACGUCCUCGUACACUCGCAAAGCACCAACAAGCGGUCCAGUCGUGUCACAGCUUCACGCCGAUCCGACCCCAGGAGGACGUCGUCAGCAGCAGAGCUCUCAGGACCGGACGGCGAACAAAGACAGAAGCACACACCGGCAAGGAAGCACCCGAACCAGCUAAAGUUUCUGUACCUGUCGCCUCAAGUCAUCGCACAGACGCACCGGGAGUUUGUUCAAGGGCUGCUGGGCGAGUGCCGACUGAAGACCAAACGUAUGUUGAUGGAGAGGAUGGGGAAGGAGAGUGCGGAAGUGGGGCAGGGGGAGGCCAACAUCAGCGGCCUGCAGGAGAACACGCUGAUCCACGGUCUCUGCGACCUACUGGAGAGAACCUGGGGCCACGGUCUGCAGAUGAAACAGGGCAAGUCAGCUCUGUGGUCCCACCUGCUUCACUACCAGGCGGCCUUGCCGAAAACUGAGGUGCCUGCUGAGUCUCCAGGCACAGAGCAGAGAACACAUGAUGACGGCGCUGUCCUUCUAAGAGGGUCCUUGGUGCAAGAUAUGAGGUUUAUCCAGGCGCUGAGCGAGGGUCUGUCCGAGGUGGGACAAGCCCGGGCUUGGAUCAGCUUGGCCCUGGAGAAAAAGAUGCUCUCGCAACACCUUAAAGAGCUGCUCACAAACCAGGAGUUGCUUAGACAGUUAUAUAAGCCUCACGCCUUCGUCCUCUGCGAGGAAGAACGAGAGCAGUUUCUAUUCCACCUUCUGUCUCUCAACACGGUGGACUACCUCUGCUUCACGCACGCCUUCGCCUCCAUCAACAUUUCCUAUCGCGUGGCCAUCAUCCCCAUGAAGAAGCUGAGCAUCGCAAUGGCGACCGUCAAUCCGUGGGUGUGCUUGUCUGGUGAAAUGGGAGAUUCGGGAGUGAGACACAUCCCCAAGAAUACGCAGGAGAUCUUUUUCCAGUGUAAGAACCUGGGCCGACUGAGCACGUUGCAGCUGGGACAGGAGAACUCGGGCCUGCUGGCAAAGUGUCUCAUCGACUGCGUGAUGGUCUACAAUGAGGUCACGGGCCACACGUACAAGUUCCCGUGCGGCCGAUGGUUGGGGAAAGGCGUGGGCGACGGCAGCCUGGAGCGAGUCCUCAUCGGCCAGUUGGUGUCACCUGGCGGGGAGGAGGAUUCCGGAAGGUGGACGGGGACGCCGCCGGAGCUGGCCUCGCCUUCCCAGGGUGUUCGCGCUGUGCUGGGAUCUCUCGGGAACCGGACGAGAGUGCUGUCCGUCGAAGUCCACGAAGACAUGAGGGAGGCGGCAAAUAACCUCGUCAAGCACUUCCACAAACCUGAACAAGAGAGAGGCAACCUGACAGUGUUGCUGUGCGGCGAGGGAGGUCUGGUGCCCUCUCUGGAGAAGUUCCUCCUGCACGGCUUCAAGUGCAGCCGUCUCUUCCAGAGAAACGUCUUUGUUUGGGACUUUGUAGAAAAGGCCGUGGUUUCCAUGGAGACGGCCGACCAGCCGGGCAACCCGCCGGGUUCCAUGCUGAUCAAGGAGCCGCCUUGCGACUUGCUCUGCCACUACGUCAACUCCAUCAGCGCCUCGCCGCGAAACAUUGGGAAAGAGGGCAAGUUCCAGCUGUUGGUUUGCCUCGGAGUCAGGGACCGCCUCCUCUCCCAGUGGCUCCCCCUACUGGCCGAGUGCCCGCUAACAUCGCGGACCUACGAGGACGGCGCCCUAAUGCGCGACUGCGCCGCCGUGCGCUCGCUCUCGCGCAUCCUGCACACGCUCAACGAGUUCGCCGUCACGCUGGAGACGUCGCUGGUCAAAGGCGUGGCCCUCUGACGCCCUCACCCGGACGUCGCCACGCUGGUUCCUGAACUCCUCGUUUGCUGUAUUUAAAAAAAAAAAAAAAAAAAAAAAAAAGGCGCCCUUGGACAGAAAUGACGCCAUGUGAGCUCCAAACCUUUUGCCUUGUAAAUGUCUUUACACUCUUUAUCUGCUUCGUGAAGUAGUCGGAUCCUCCUUUGUGUCAUUACACUGUGAAAAAAAACCUAAUAAUAAUAGUUAAUGAAAAGAAAAAAAAAAAAAAGAAUCCUCGGACAGAAGUUGUAAUUCCCAACCUCACGUGGACCGUGUUUGUUUUCCUAGCUCAUACCGACCGAGUAGACGCUCGGGAAAAAGUACAUUGUUGUUCCUCCUUUUGUAGCCUUGAUGCUUCACUUUUCCGCUUCAGACUACAGUGGCACCUUGACUUACAAGUUGAAUGCGUUCCGUGGCCAAGCUCAUAACUUAAUUUACUUGUAUGCCAAAUCGGUUUUUCCCCCUUUAUCAUGAACUGAAAUGUCAUGAAUGUAAAAAACACCCGAAACACAAUCAGAGAAUGCUAAGAAGACACACAUGGGUUUUAUAAAGUGUAAUUACUGUACGUACUGUAGUAUUGAUUGAUUCAGUUAAAUCUUUUAUUUCGAACAUGUGAACGGUGAAAUCAAAACAAAUGAAACCAUCAAAAAUGUAAAAAAAAAAAAAAAAAAAAUCUAAUUACAUGUUCAAAAAGGCGUAGGAAGUAAAAAGUUUUCACUCUGCACCCCAUCUCCACUUCCUUUAUAUGAACAUCGAUAUAAUAAUCGUAGUUGUAACAAUAAGAAUUAAAUUCAUAUCUUGGUCAUUUUCAUAUUUGAUCAAUAACGGUACAGACCUGGCCCACUGAAUUUCCUUUUGAAAUUCAAUUCAUUUUACUUAUGAGUAUUUGAAUUAUUGGCAGUUGUUGUCAAUCAAAAGGUCGUAAGUGUUUCUACGAAAGAAAAAAACAAAACAAUUCUAAAGUAAUAUAUUUCCAACGUUUAAUUCCAAAUUGUCUUUACCGUUAGGCAUCCAAAAUGAAGUCUUUGCUGUUAUUGAUCAAGUUUUAUGAACAUGACCCAUGUAACACAUCCUUAAUCCUAGAUACAGUAAUACAAUAAAACAAUUGAUCAUAUCAGCGUCAGCAAUAUCGCAGAUAUUUCCGGAACAAAAAAGUCUGCGUGUGAGCGUCCGGGCGUGAGUUGUGGCCUACAGCAGCUCGUUGCGAGUCUUCUCAUUUUGUAUUUGUAAAAUGGCUGAAAGUGCGAGGGCAUUACAGUACCUUCAUUUUCUCUGGGACAAAUUCUAUCCCGUAUGAGACUGGGGGCAGCAAAAAAAAAAAUGUUAAAAAUGAAGCGCUGCGGCCAAGUAGAGACUGUGGAGCAUAACGCAGCACGGUCUGAAGCAAAGCAUCAAUGUCAAACCCGGGCUCAAAAAUCCAAGGUAUGCAAUAGCCGAGUGUCAAGGUUACAAAAGCAUUUACUGGGUAUCACCCGAGUGCCAAGCAAUACACAAGAAAUUACAAUAUGGUGGAAAACUUCAUUGAUUUCAGGAGUCCAAAUCAAAAAAAGUGAAACUCGUAUGUUAUUAUUGAUAUAAAUGAACAUUUUUUUUGGUGAUUUAAA